AAGAUCAGGAUGAGGAUGAGUCUGCUGCUGUACUGUCUGUCAGUCAGCGAGGGACAAUCUGAGGAUGAAGGUGAGUGUUGCUCUGCUGCUGCUGUGCUAUCUGUCGAUCACUUAUGGACAAGAAAACAACCAGCCAAACAUCUGGACUGAGGUGAGAGAUGUAAGAGACAUGGUGGUGGAGCUCAAAGUCAAGUUGGACAUGGUAAUGAAAGAGAAUGCAAAUAUGGCACAACAAAUACAGGAGCUGAAGAAAGAGAAUGCAGGGAUUACUGAGCAAUUGAAGAUUAGUGAAAACCAGCUUGAAGCAAUCAAGAGAGAAAAUGCAGAGCAACCAAAAGUGGCAUUUUCAGCUGACUUAGGGAAGCGUGGUGAUUUAGGUCCUCAGAGUACUGAGAUCACACUGACAUUUAACAACAUUUUCACAAACACUGGUAACAACUACAAUCCAGCAACAGGUCUCUUCACUGCACCAGUUAAAGGAGUCUACUACUUCAGAUUCACUGCAUGUGGUGUUCAAAUCAGACAAUCACUGGGUGCAAGUUUACAUAAAAAUGGGCAGAAGAUUGUAUCAGUAGGUCAGUGGCGUAAUCACGAUCAGCACAGAUAUGCAUCAAACGCAGCUGUCCUUCAGCUGGAAGUGGGUGAUGUAGUUUGUGUGAAACUUCUCCCAGGUUACACCAUCUAUGACAGCCCAGAUAACCUCAGCACUUUCAGUGGAUUCCUCAUUUUCCCAUUAUAGUGAUCUACCUUUGUACGCUGCCAAUCAUAGCUGUAUUAAACAUGCUGAUUUGAUAAAUGUUCAUUCUUUGACAUGAGACAAAUUCACUCAUCUGUAGUCUUUCAUC